GCUGCUGGGGGCGCCAAGAUGGCAGAGCAGCCUUCUCCACGGAGGCCGGCGAAGCAGGUGUGCCCUUUCCUCUUCAAAAAGCCCGGGCGGAAAGGGACUGCAGGCCGCAGGAAGCGCCCGGUGUGCGACCCGGAGCCGGGAGAAAGCGGCAGCAGCAGUGACGAAGGCAGCAGUGUGGUCCGACCGGAGAAGAAGCGGGCGACCCGCAACCCGAUGAUCCAGAAGACCCGCGGCAGCGGUAAACCGAAGGCGGCCCACGGCGCCAGCAGCGAGGAGGAGGAGCAAGAGGAGAGUGAGGGGCUGGGGGUGGCCUACAAGUCCACGCGCUCGGCCAAACCCGCGGGCCCGGAGGAUAUGGGGGCUACUGCCGUCUACGAGCUGGACACAGAGAAGGAGCGAGACGCACAAGCCAUCUUCGAGCGCAGCCAGAAGAUCCAGGAGGAGCUGAAGGGCAAGGAGGAUGACAAGAUCUAUCGGGGAAUCAACAAUUACCAGAAGUACAUGAAGCCCAAGGAUACAUCCAUGGGCAAUGCGUCCUCCGGCAUGGUGAGAAAAGGCCCCAUCCGAGCGCCUGAGCAUCUCCGUGCCACCGUGCGCUGGGAUUACCAGCCCGACAUCUGUAAGGACUACAAAGAGACUGGCUUCUGCGGCUUUGGAGACAGCUGCAAAUUCCUCCAUGACCGAUCAGAUUACAAACACGGGUGGCAGAUCGAACGAGAGCUUGAUGAGGGUCGCUACGGUGUCUGUGAAGACGAAAACUACGAAGUAGGGAGUGAUGAUGACGAAAUGCCAUUCAAGUGUUUCAUCUGUCGCCAAGCCUUUCAAAACCCAGUUGUCACCAAAUGCAAGCAUUAUUUCUGUGAGAGCUGUGCACUGCAGCAUUUUCGCACCACCCCGCGCUGUUAUGUCUGUGACCAGCAGACCAAUGGCGUCUUCAAUCCUGCAAAAGAGUUGAUUGGUAAACUGGAGAAGCAUCGAGCUGCCGCAGUGUGUGGUGCUUCUAAUAGCCCAGAGGAUGCCGAUGGGGUCUAACUCCCAUUACUUAGGUUUUCCAUAACUGUCAAAUUCAAAAUAUUUUAUUUUUCUUUUGGUCAUCUCAACAAAACUCACCAACCAUCUAUA